GAACACAUCAAUGGAUAUUCAAACCAUUCUCUUGUUUCUUGGAGCCAUCUUCAUAUCUUCACUUGGAGCCCAGUCCGCCACAUUCACCUUCAAAAACAAUUGUCCUUACACAGUCUGGCCGGCGACUCUCUCCGGCGCCGGCCCUCAGCCCUUUUCAACUGGAUUCGAGUUAGCAACUGGAGCUUCAUCCACCCUCGACGUGGCGGCGCCGUGGUCAGGCCGGAUAUGGGCUCGAACCGGCUGUGCUGCGGAUGCUGCUGGGAAGUUCACUUGCGCCACCGCGGACUGUGCCUCUGGCCAACUGGCGUGCAACGGUGCCGGCGCAAUCCCUCCAGCAACCCUCGUGGAACUCACCCUGGCGCCGAACGGCGGACAAGAUUUCUACGACAUGAGCCUCGUCGACGGCUUCAACCUGCCCCUGUCACUGGCUCCGCAAGGUGGCUCCGGCGAUUGCAAAGCCACCAGUUGCCCGAAGAGCGUGAACGCAGUCUGCCCAGCGGAGCUAGCCGUGAAGGGAGGCGGCGGCGGCGUAAUAGCUUGCAGGAGCGCAUGUGCGGCACUUAAUCAGCCACAGUACUGUUGUACCGGCAGCUUUGGUAAGCCGGAGACAUGCCCACCGACGAACUAUUCAAAAAUAUUCAAGGAGCAGUGCCCUGAAGCAUACAGCUACGCUUAUGAUGAUAAAACAAGCACUUUUACGUGCACUGGAGGGCCUAAUUACCUUGUUACUUUCUGUCCAUGAAUUAGUGCAUCCACCUAAAAAAUAAAAAUGCAUGCAUGGCUCUAUGAAUGUCUGGCUCAUAACCAUGCUUAAUUUACAUAUCCUAAUUAAUACAGAAAUCUUUCUUCUGAUGGUUAUGAACCAUCUGUGUUUAUGCAUAAUAUUAGAAUUGACAUUGAAUGGAAAAUAAUGUUACUCUUGAAA